AUGGACCCCUUGUUCAAGGACGCUGCUGUGCAGAAACCAUCAGGACCUCUUCUUACCGGUACCAGAGUCCGGCUCCGGGAGGUCCAGUCGGUUUCCGGGAGCCAGCGGGUUGAUGGGUCAGCAGCAGGCGUCGACGCAGGGGUGAGGACUGCCUGCAGCGGGCGGGGAGCAGGGCUGGCCUGUGUCCGAGAGAGCAGGAGCCGCCCGCCUGGGUCCCCAAGUGGGCGGGGGCUGGCCGAGGCGUUGCCCAGCGAGGGGCAGGGGGCAGUGGGCGUCGAGGAGCGCGGAGACACCCGCAAAGAGGCAGGCGGGGGCGGGAACCCGAGGGCCGGGGAGGCGCGAGGGCAGGCUGGCAGCAGGCGUCGGGGCAAGGACAGCCGGGGCCAGCAGGUGGGGCCUGGACGCAGCCACCUCCAAGGCAAGACUCGGCGCCGACCUCUCAAAGAUGCCCGAAGCCCAGGAGAUGCCCACCUUGGCCCGGGCAGCGGCGGGCGCCUGGGACAGGGCCAGUACGGGCUGAACGUGUUCGUGGCGGGGCUGCUGCUGCUGCUGGCCUGGGCCGUGCACGCCCUGGGCGUGGGCAAGAGCGACCUGCUGUGCUUCCUGACGGCGCUCAUGCUGCUGCAGCUGCUCUGGAUGCUGUGGUACGUGGGCCGCAGCUACGCGCACCGCCGCCUCAUCCGCCUCAAGGACACGCACGCAGGCGCCCGCUGGCUCCGCGGUAGUAUCACAUUGUUUGCAGUCAUUACCAUCAUCCUUGGAUUCCUUAAAGUUGGAUACUUCGUUGGAUUUUCAGAAUGUUUAUCAGCCACUGAAGGAGUUUUCCCUGUCACACAUGCAGUACACACUCUGUUACAGGUCUAUUUUCUCUGGGGGCAUGCAAAGGAUAUUAUCCAGUCUUUCAAAACACUGGAAAGAUUUGGAGUGAUCCACUCAGUGUUCACCAACCUCCUUCUGUGGGCCAAUGGCGUCCUGAAUGAGUCUAAGCACCAACUUAAUGAGCACAAGGAGCGGCUCAUCACACUGGGCUUUGGAAACAUCACAAUAGUUUUGGAUGACCACACCCCGCAGUGUAACUGCUCCCCUCCGCCCCUGUGCUCUGCCAUCUCCCACGGGAUCUACUACCUCUACCCCUUCAACAUCGAGUACCAGAUCCUGGCCUCCACCAUGCUCUACGUCCUCUGGAAGAACAUCGGGCGCAAAGUGGACAGCUACCAGCACCAGAAGAUGCAGUUCAAGUUCAAUGGGGUCAUGGCGGGUUCGGUUCUGGGCCUGACCGUGCUGGCUGCCACCAUUGGGGUGGUGGUGGUGUACCUGAUUCACAUCGGGCGCUCCAAAGUCAAGAGUGAGUCAGCGCUCAUCAUGUUCUACCUGUACGCCACCGCCCUGCUGAUGCUCAUGGGCGCUGUGGGGCUGCUGGGGAUCUGGAUUUACAGGACAGACGAGAAGUCACUGGAUGAGUCCAAAAACCCGGCUCGCAAACUGGACGCGGACCUCUUGGUGGGCACUGCCUCGGGCUCCUGGCUCCUCUCCUGGGGCUCGAUCUUGGCCAUUCUCUGUGCCGAGGACCGCCCGCCGUACACUUGGUACAACCUGCCCUACUCUGUCCUGGUGAUCGUUGAGAAAUACAUCCAGAACCUCUUCAUCAUUGAGUCCAUUCACCGAGAGCCCGAGAAGCUCUCCGAGGACAUCCGAAUGCUCCGGGUGGUCACCGUCUGCAAUGGCAACACCACAGCCCUCACUUCCUCCUGCCCCAAGAGCACAGAUAUGGCUGGGGAGGGGGCUUCCCAGAGCAGGGACAUGUCACCUGCAGCCAAUGGGUUGUGUCUGAGGGAAGGCUGUGGCAGAGAAGAAGAGGGGUUCUGGGAAGAGGCCCCGGGCCCAACCUGCCGUCCCUGGGUCCUGCAGGGCAACGCCAAGAGGAGAGUCCUGAGGAACAUUGCCGCCUUCUUGUUCCUCUGCAAUAUUUCGCUUUGGAUACCUCCCGCCUUUGGCUGCCGCCCUGAGUAUGACAACGGAUUGGAGGAAAUUGUCUUUGGCUUUGAACCGUGGAUAAUUGUGGUUAACCUGGCCAUGCCCUUUUCUAUUUUCUAUCGAAUGCACGCAGCUGCCUCCCUCUUCGAGGUCUAUUGUAAGACAGUCUGA